UUCAUGAUAUAAUUUAUAUUGAAAUUUUUUGGUAAAUUAACAUAAGUUAGUAGUCGAAACUAUUAUAUUUAUCACCCUGUGUACCAAACAAUUUUUAAUGAUUUAGUUAGUCGUUCUCUUCGAAUGGCGUUCUUUGUCAAUAACUGUUUAGUAUCAACCACUCGAGUUGUUGAGAGAAGUAUAAUAAAGAAUGUUACGCAAAAUAAUAAUUCAUGAUUUAAUUAAUCUUUCGUUUUCAAAUAAUGUUCAUUGUUAAGAAUAGUUUAAUACCAAUAAACCGAGUUGGUGGAUGUUGCACAAACCGAAAUACCAUGUGCUUAAGAAAUGAUGUCGCAAAGAUUCAAACACAACACGUUUCGAUAAACUAUUCUCAAUAAGACGCCCCCUAAUUUUUUGCAUCGACUAACUAUUGUACCUAAUUUAACCAUAUUCCAUCCGACCCAAGGUGGGUCAUGGAACUCACUCUCUUAUGCUCUCCCUCCGCCACUGUCAGUGCUCUAUACUAUCAUAGAUUCGUCGUUGGCCAAGAAUACACAUGAACUUGCACAAAAAAAAAAAAUAUUCAGGAUUUACUUUGAUUGGAAGAAUUUAGGCUUAUAUAUUUAGGGCUAGGUUUAAAACUACAAGUUUGGAGUUUAGUAUAAUGCACUCAUUAGUUGUGUUGUUAUACUGUAUCAUCAUAUUACAUACUAGACUAAUUAGAUAAAUUAAAAAAAUUGAAAGUUCAAUGUCUUAGGUUAAUUUUAAGAAUUUAGUGUAUGGUAUUACUAUUUUUGUGGAUGCACAGUAGAAGAGAGUAUAUAUAUAUAUAGUGGCGUCUUCGGUGCACCCACUUUUUUGGGUGCAUUCAGUGCACUCACUUCAAAACCGUCAUUUUAAACAUGCGAUUCAUGUCAAAAUGAUGUCAAUUAUCACUUACGAUGUGAUGAACAAUAACGCACAUGAAUUUGCACAAAAACCAUUGAAGAUUUACUUUAAUUUGAAGGAUUUAGAGUUUAGAGAUUUAGGGUUAGGGUUUGCAAUUUGGGGUUUAGGGAUAGAAGUCAAAAUUGGAGGUCAAGGGCUUAGGGUAAUCCGCUAAUUAGUUGUUAUCCUAUGUUAUAUAUUAAGGAACAAUUCAAAUGAAUUGAUUCCCCCGCUUUCUGAACAGAAGAAGAAGGCGAGCAGAACUUGGAGCGACGUCGUGUCAGGCGCAACUUGAAGGACAGAGCGGAACGACGGCGUCCCAUGACAAACAAAACGGAGACAUGGAACGACAACGUUUCAAGACCAACUUGUCAAAUUUCUUUUUCACUCCAAAUGUUAUGUUCUUAGACACUUUUCCAUUUAUGUCUUGUACUUACUUCUGAUGCAAGGUUGUCUUGUUCUACAACUUUGAUACAGCUAUAUAAGCUGCCAAAACUAAUGAGAGAAAUUAGGUUUUUCAGUUCUCACUACCACAAAUUGUUGUUAUGGUAUCAGAGCUUUGGUGCUGGAAACCCUAGCCGCCUCCAGCCUCCAUGGCUCAAAACGAAGAUGCAGCAGCUGCAGGAGCCUCUACUGCCGCCAGCCUUGACCCAAUGGCAGAUCCUUUCUACCUCCAUGGAUCUGAACAACCAUGGCUUGUCCUUGUUGCAGAGAAUAUCACUCCAACCAAUUACAACGAUUGGAGUAAAGCAAUGUACAACGCACUUGGAGCCAAAAACAAGCUUGGCUUCAUCAAUGACACACUUGCUGAACCAGAAGCAACUCACCCUAUAGCCUGGGCCUGGGCACGCAACAACAUCAUGGUGCUCUAUUGGAUCCAACAAGCAGUUGAUCCUGGUAUCAGGAAGACUAUCAUGUCCACUCGCAAGGCUUCUGAAGCUUGGACAAGCCUCAGAGCUCGUUAUGGACAAGGGGACAUGAUCAGAGUUGUUGAACUCAUUGAGUCACAGGCCACUCUCAAACAAGGUAACAGAUCUGUUACUGAAUACUAUGGUGACUUAAUAGCUCAGCGAGAUGAACUUGAUAAUUACCAGCCACUAGAUCUCUGUGUUUGCACCCCUACUAGCCACACUCAGUGUAGGGAAAUGCAACAAGUUCUUGUCUACAGAGACACUAACUAUGUGAUUCAAUUCUUAAGAGGUCUUAAUGACAACUACAACAUUGUGAGGUCUCAGGUUCUGUUUGGAGACACUCUACCCUCCAUAGAUAGGGUCUUUCAAAGAGUUCUCCAACAUGAUCGCCAACUUUAUGGCACCUCCAACAACAAAGCUAACCCCUCUGACCCCAUGGCUUUAGCAUCUACAACCAUACCUGGCAGCAAGAAACCCAAACCUUUCUGCACAUACUGCAAAGCUCAGGGACACACAGAUGACAUCUGUUUUCACAAACAUGGUUGGCCCCAAGGAAUGACUUCCAAAGGAACCAACUCCUCUGGUAAAUCCUUGGAAUGUACCUACUGCAAAAAGCUUGGUCACACUGAAGACAAGUGCUUCUCCAAACAUGGAUAUCCACCUAGUUCUACUACAACAGGUCGAGCCAACAACAAUAGACCUCGACCUUCUGCCAAUGCAACUUCCACCACUGAUGCACCACAAGAGGAAUUCAAACUUACCAAGGAUGACUAUGACAGACUCAUGAAGCUAAUGACAUCCACUUCUCAGCAAUCCACCGGUUCUAGCUUCUCAGGUGGAACAUUUUGUUCCAACCCACCUCAGCCUUCAGGUAAAUAUUCCCUAAGCAAUCAAGUAACAUCACCCUACAAUGAGACAUGGAUACUUGACACAGGGGCAUCAGACCACAUUGUCUGCUCCCUCAAUCAUCUAAUCAACCACAGACCUAUAAAUGCUGUUUACAUCACCUUCCCAACAGGAAAACAAGUUCAAUCUACUCAUGUUGGGACAGUACAUUACAUUGCUGGUCUCAUUCUUGAGGAAGUCUUAUUUGUCCCUCAGUUCAUUUUCAAUCUUGUGUCAGUAAGCAAACUGACCAAGAACAAGCCUCUAUGUUUAACAUUCUUCUCUGAUGUAUGUUUGAUUCAGGACAUGCAGCUGAGGAAGAUGACUGGUUCUGCUAAGCUUUUUCAUGGCCUUUACCUAAUUGACAACCCACCUAUAGACAGUCAACCAAACCACAUCACAACAGCCACCACACAGAGUUUUGAUCUUUGGCAUUACAGACUAGGGCAUGUUUUCCAUUCCAAAGUCCCUAUUUUGCAACAACUAUGUACAUCCAUAGAAACUUAUAGAUCAUUACCAUGUGAUGUAUGCCAUUUUGCUAAGCAAAAGAGGCUCCCUUUUCCUAUCAGCUCAACUGUUUCUGUCAAACCUUUCCAGUUGAUACAUGUUGAUAUUUGGGGUCCAAAUUCAAUUCCUAGUCAUGAUGGGUUCAGAUACUUCCUGACCAUAGUUGAUGAUUACACUAGAAUGACAUGGAUUAUUCUUCUAACUGCCAAGUCAGAAGCAAGAACAAAACUACAAAGCUUCUGUACUUACACUGAAAGACAAUUUGAAACACCAGUUAGAAGAAUAAGGAGUGACCAAGGUCGAGAAUUUCAAAUGACAGAUUUCUUUCAACAAACUGGCAUUUUUCAUGAACAAUCUUGUGUGGAAACCCCUCAACAAAACAUCAAAGUUGAGAGGAAACACCAACACAUUUUAGCCAUUGCCAGAGCCUUAAUGUUUCAAUCAAACCUACCUACUGAUUUUUGGGGGGAUUGUGUUAAGCAUGCUGUUUAUCUUAUCAAUAGUGUCCCUACCACUGUUCUAAACAACCUGACCCCCUAUGAGAAACUACACAACAAACCCCCUGAUCUCACAGAACUAAGGGUUUUUGGUUGUUUGUGUUUUGCCAGCACAAUCACCAGUCACAGAACAAAAUUUGAUCCAAGAGCCAGAAAGGGAGUGUUCAUUGGAUUUACCCCAGGCAUCAAAGGUUAUAGGAUUUAUUACCUAACUACUCAUGACAUAUUUACUUCUCGAGAUGUCAUUUUCCAUGAACAACACUUCCCUUUCCAAUCCUCACCAUCAUCAUCCAUUACAGACCACAAUUCUCCUUUUCUCAACUCUUCCAAUCCUGCUCACUUUGAUGACCUCUCACCCUCCCCACACCCUGUUCCUACAUUAACCCCCAACCCUCAACCUUCCCAAUCCCAAACUGAUUCUGACUCUGACUCAGACACUACACCUCCAAACCCUUCUCCCUCACCACAACCAUCCCCUGCUCACUCUUCCCAAUCUCCCCCUAUCCCCCUUCCAGCCCCAACUCAACCAACCAGAAAAUCUACCCAUGUUAUAAAACCCCCAUCCAAACUACAAUCCUACCACUGCAACCUCCUACAACAGCAGGCUUCCACCAAUCAUUCUUCCCCACUGCAUAAUCCAGGUAUCUCUCAUCCUCUGAGUAAUGUUAUUCACUAUGAUUCUCUCGAACCCUCUCACAGAAAAUUUUUGCUCAGUAUCUCAUCUUACAAAGAGCCAGCUACCUACAAAGAAGCUGUCUUAUCUCCUGAGUGGAAUGCUGCUAUGGAGAUUGAAAAACAAGCUCUAGAGAAAAACCAUACAUGGGACAUAGUGGAAAAACCAGAGGGUGUCACACUUGUCGGAAACAAAUGGAUAUACAAGCAGAAGUUUCUUUCUACUGGCAUCAUUGAAAGGCACAAGGCUCGCCUUGUUGCUAAAGGAUACACUCAACAAGAGGGUGUAGACUACCAAGAUACUUUCGCCCCAGUAGUCAAAAUGACCACCAUUCGACUGUUCUUAGCCAUUGCAGCCUCACAGAGAUGGCACAUCCAUCAACUUGACAUCAACAAUGCUUUUUUACAUGGGGAGUUAGAAGAAGAUGUCUAUAUGAAACUCCCUGAUGGUUACAUAGCCCCUCCUGGUUUUACCACUCCAGUUUGCAAGCUAAGGAAGUCGCUUUAUGGUUUAAAGCAAGCUUCCCGCCAGUGGUUUGCUAAACUUGCAGAAAAGUUAAAACUACAAGGUUACAUCCCUAGCCAGGUAGACCACUCCCUAUUCUACAAAGCAACAUCAACUUCCUACACCUGUGUUCUUGUCUAUGUAGAUGAUCUUGUGGUGGGAGGCACUGACAUCAAUGAAAUCACAAGUUUGAAAUUAUUUCUACACCAGCAAUUCAGCAUCAAAGAUAUGGGGGAACUACACUUCUUUCUUGGCAUUGAAGUUGCUAGAACAAAAUCUGGGAUUCACAUUUCUCAAAGGAAAUACACCUUAGAGAUAAUUGAAGAUGCAGACCUGCUUCACACUAAGCCAGUCAGCACUCCAAUGGAUUACAAAUCACAUCUCUCAGCCUCUACUGAUGAACCCUACCCUAAUCCAGAACAUUACAGACACCUUGUUGGCAAGCUGAUCUACCUCACUACUACCAGACCUGACAUCAGCUUCGCCACCCAACAAGUAAGCCAAUUCAUGUCAAACCCUACAAUUUCUCACUACAAGGCAGUUACAAGGAUUCUUCGUUACCUGAAGCAUGCCCCAUCCACCGGUCUUCUGUUCUCUUCAUCCUCUUCACUCCAAUUGCAAGCCUUCAGUGACUCCGACUGGGCUGCCUGUGUCGACUCCCGACGCUCCAUCACUGGCUACUGUGUCUACCUUGGCUCCUCUCUUGUCUCGUGGAAGAGCCAGAAACAAACCAUCGUUUCUCGCUCAUCUUGUGAAGCUGAGUACCGAGCUCUUGCCUACACCUCUUGUGAGGUCCAAUGGUUGCUAUAUCUCCUCCAUGACUUCCGUAUUCCACACCCACAACCAGUCUCCCUCUAUUGCGACAAUCAGUCUGCAAUUUACAUUGCCCAGAACCCGACAUUCCAUGAGUGCACCAAGCACAUUGAGCUUGAUUGCCAUUUCAUCCGGGACAAAAUCCAGGCGAAAACCAUCAAGCUUCUUCACAUCUCCACGGUUCACCAGCUCGCCAACCUCUUCACCAAGCCCUUGCCACCGGCGACCUUUGCUUUUCUCCUCUCCAAGCUCGGUGUCCAUGAACUCUGCCCACCAGCUUGCCCGGGGGGGGGGGGGGGGUAUCAGGGAACAAUUCAAAUGAAUUGAUUCCCCCGCUUUCUGAACAGAAGAAGAAGGCGAGCAGAACUUGGAGCGACGUCGUGUCAGGCGCAACUUGAAGGACAGAGCGGAACGACGGCGUCCCAUGACAAACAAAACGGAGACAUGGAACGACAACGUUUCAAGACCAACUUGUCAAAUUUCUUUUUCACUCCAAAUGUUAUGUUCUUAGACACUUUUCCAUUUAUGUCUUGUACUUGCUUCUGAUGCAAGGUUGUCUUGUUCUACAACUUUGAUACAGCUAUAUAAGCUGCCAAAACUAAUGAGAGAAAUUAGGUUUUCAGUUCUCACUACCACAAAUUGUUGUUAUUAUAUCAUCAUGUUACACUAAUUCUACAAUUUAAAAUUUAAAAUUCGACACCUUAAGACCAAUUUUUGAGUUGGGUGCAUUGAACGCACUUUUUGUGAGUGCACCAAAAUAGUAUAUAUUCACUUCAACAUUAGUCCGAUAUUAGUUUCAUUGUUUGAACACAUUCAGGUGAAAUGCUGAUCUACAGGCAAAUGCACAUGAAACGGAAAUCAAGAGAAAUACAAUCAUUCAUUCAUUCGUUCUGGCUACAUAAACUACUAAUUAACUAUUACCCACGUCGUAAACACCAAGAGCUUGUGGGAGAUGUUCCCAUCAGAGGAUCCACACGGCCGGCGGAGACAAACAUGAGUUGUUCUAGGCGACUUCCAGUUUCCAUGUCCGUCCAAAGUUUUUGCCAAGUAAUUGGCCCUAGCUAGUGUUGACUCUUUGGCCCAACCAAAACAACAACAAAAAUCAAAACCCUAAUCAAUUGUGAGUUACAUAAUAAUAACAACCGUUGAAUAAAGAGAGUGUCACCACAUGGCCACAAAUCACAGCUCAUAUCUACGUGAGAACGAGAGAGAGAGAGAGAAGAAGAACAUGUGGAUGGAUGGAAUCUAUGGAUCCUCUCCCAACAUCAUCGUCGUGAUUGAUGCAUGACCGGACCGGACCGGCCAGUAUAUUUUUCAGGCAGCUAGCUAUAGCAUGUGUAACCGACGGCUGGGAUUGCUGUAGGGUCGAUGAGUUGUCUAGUCUGAUGUGAAGAUACAGCAUGUACAUGGAGGGAAAAAAGGUCGAGAAGAUAAUAUAAACAUAAUCAUCGUUAUGUGUAAGAAGAUUAGGGUUUGUGUCCAUUGGAUUGAGACUUGUUUCUUGUUGAUAUUUGAUAGUAGUGUCGAUUGAUUGUUGGCAUCCAUUGCAUUCGAGCCAUGGGAAAUGGUAGGAAUGGCAAUGGGGCAGGUCCGGGGCGUGUUUCUUGAUACCCAGACCCGUCCCGUGGCAGGUCGGGUUCAGGUCGGGUAAUUUAUCACGGGUCACGGGUCGGGGCAGGUUGACCCAAUGGGUAUGCAAUUUAUAUGAAAAAUAUUAGAAAUAUUCGUUGUUUUUAUUAUAAGACCAAGGAAACAAACAAUAUUAUGAGAAAUAUAGUUAAAUUAUUGGAGAAAUUGAGGUUUUCACUAAUUUACGUCUUUAUUAUAACUAAGAUUUGAUGUAAUAAAAGAGAAAUCCUAAGUAAUUUGACUAAAAUUACGUGUAAUUUAGGCAAGAACGGGUCGAGAAUGGGGCGGGUCAGGACAGGUCGGGUCGAUGAGAGUACCCAUGCCCGCCCCGCCCCGCCUACGGGGCGGGUCGGACCCACCCCAAAACAGAUCAAACAGGUCGGGUAAAACGGGUCAGGUCAAAAUUGCCAUCCUAGAAAAUGGGUUUGUGUUUGUGGGUAUGUUCCAUGCAUGUAUUAGUGCAAAGAUUUUGCCUGUUUCUAUGUACGAGGAGGAUCUGGAAGAAGUUUAAUUAACGUGAUUCCUCUUACCAUAUUCAUUCUCUGAAGUCUCGAGGGCAGCGGUGAUAACUUGAUUAGUUUAUAACAUGCAGUUAAUCUUACUUAGGUAAAUGAAAUGGAAGUUGCAGCCUAGGACUAGGAGAGGCGACAAGUAAAGACAUGAAGGGUAA